UUUGAGGAGCCAAAUGUCAGAAAUAGCAGAAAUAGCAUUUUUGAAUGAGGUUGCAGAAAUCUAAAAUUAUAAAAAUUAAAAGUAGAUUGAAUUUAAAGUUAUUGCAUUAAACAUAAUAUUAUUAUUUUAUUGAUAAAAAAUUCAAAUACUUGCAAACUAAUAUAAAAGCACAAGGAGUUUUGAAAAUGAGUAUAACUUCGGCAGCAGGUAUAAUUUCGCUGUUGGAUGAAUCGCAGCCGGAAAUAAAAAUAUUUGCGUUAAAAAAAUUGGAUAACAUUGUUGAUGAAUUUUGGCCAGAAAUAUCGGAAUCCAUUGAAAAAAUAGAAAUGCUUCAUGAAGAUCGAGGUUUUCCAGAAAAUAAAUUAGCUGGCGUUGUAGCUUCAAAAGUUUUUUACCAUCUUGGUUCAUUUGAAGAUGCUUUGACUUAUGCAUUAGGAGCGGGCGAUUUAUUCGACGUUAAUUCUAGAAAUGAAUACACAGAAACCAUAAUUGCGAAGUGUAUUGAUUUUUAUAUAGCACAAAGGGUGGCCUUUAUUGAAAAUAACAAAGAAGCAAAAUCUGUAGAUUCUCGCUUGGAAGCAAUCGUAAAUAGAAUGAUUCAACGUUGUUUAGAUGAUGGUCAAUAUAGACAAGCUUUAGGGAUUGCAUUGGAAACACGAAGGAUGGAUAUUUUUGAAGCUGCUAUAAUGAAAUCAGAUGAUGUUAAUGGAAUGCUAGCUUACGCAUAUCAAGUAACAAUGUCUUUAAUUCAAAAUAGGGGAUUUAGGAAUGAAGUAUUACGUUGUUUGGUUGAUUUAUAUAGAAAUUUAUCUACCCCUGAUUACGUUAAUAUGUGCCAAUGUUUAAUUUUCUUAGAGGAUCCUUUGGCUGUUGCAGAAGUCUUAGAUAAAUUAACUAGAUCAUCAGUUGAACAUAAUAAUUUAAUGGCUUAUCAGAUUGCAUUUGAUUUAUAUGAGUCGGCAACCCAGCAGUUUUUAGGGCAAGUUUUGCAAGCUCUAAAGGCAACUGCACCAAUUCCGGGGGCUUUGCCGUCUACUUUUAAACCACAAGGUCAAAAUGAGUCGAAAAGUGAUGAAGAAAAAGCAAAGGAAAAAGAACAACGGGAUCUGCUUAUUGGAGAUGCAAAAGAAAGUGAACAUUCAACCGACGGAAUUGAUGGAACUGAUAUUAAAUUUAAGCGAACUGUUGACUCGCUAAACGAUUCUGAAAAAGUUCACCAAAAAAAUAUUGAAAAAUUAAUUUCCAUUCUUUCUGGUGAAAUCUCAAUUGGACUGCAAUUACAAUUCUUGAUAAGAAGUAACCAUGCCGAUUUGCAAAUACUACGCUCUACAAAGGAAGCAGUCAGAGUGUCAAUCUGUCAUACAGCUACAGUAAUUGCAAACGCUUUUAUGCACAGUGGGACUACAAGUGAUCAGUUUUUAAGAGAUAACUUAGAUUGGUUGGCAAGAGCAACAAACUGGGCUAAACUAACAGCGACUGCUUCGCUUGGAGUAAUUCAUCGUGGACAUGAGGCUGAUUCUUUGGCAUUAAUGCAGAGUUAUCUUCCAAAAGAAGCAGGUCCAAGUUCAGGAUAUUCUGAAGGUGGAGGACUAUAUGCCCUUGGUUUAAUUCAUGCUAAUCAUGGCACAAACAUAAUAGAUUAUUUAUUACAACAAUUGAAAGAUGCUCAGAAUGAAAAUGUUCGCCAUGGAGGCUGCUUGGGUUUAGGACUGGCUGCGAUGGGUACCCAUAGGCAAGAUUUGUAUGAACAACUCAAAUUUAAUUUGUAUCAAGAUGAUGCAGUUACUGGAGAAGCUGCAGGCAUUGCGAUGGGAAUGGUCAUGCUCGGUUCCAAGAACUCUCAAGCCAUUGAAGAUAUGGUGUCAUAUGCACAAGAAACACAACAUGAAAAAAUUUUAAGAGGUUUAGCGGUUGGCAUUUCGUUGACUAUGUUUGCUCGAUUAGAAGAGGCUGACCCAUUGGUGACAAGCUUGUCAACAGACAAGGAUCCUGUAUUAAGACGAUCUGGCAUGUAUACGAUAGCUAUGGCAUAUGGUGGUACCGGUAGUAAUAAAGCCAUUAGAAAACUUUUACAUGUAGCAGUUUCUGAUGUGAAUGAUGAUGUCCGUAGAGCUGCUGUGACAGCCAUUGGUUUUAUUUUAUUUAGAAACCCAGAGCAGUGUCCUUCAGUUGUCUCAUUACUAGCAGAAUCUUAUAAUCCACAUGUGCGAUAUGGAGCUGCAAUGGCUUUAGGUAUAGCUUGCGCUGGAACUGGUCUAAGAGAAGCUAUUUCAUUACUAGAACCAAUGGUUAAGUUUGAUCCAGUGAAUUUUGUCCGCCAAGGCGCUUUGAUAGCAUCAGCAAUGAUAUUGAUCCAGCAUACAGAUCAAACUUGCCCGAAAGUUUCUUUCUUUAGGCAGCUUUAUUCUGAAGUUAUCACCAAUAAACAUGAAGAUGUAAUGGCAAAAUAUGGUGCAAUUUUGGCGCAAGGAAUUAUAGAUGCAGGUGGACGUAAUUGUACUCUCAGUUUGCAAAGUCGUACGGGACACACCAAUUUACAAGCAGUUGUCGGUGCUUUAGUUUUUACUCAAUAUUGGUACUGGUUUCCACUUGCGCAUUGUUUAUCGCUUGCUUUUAUCCCUACUUGCUUGAUAGGCUUGAACUCUGAUUUAAAAAUGCCAAAAAUGGAAUUUAAAUCAGCUGCAAAACCUUCACUUUAUGCUUAUCCGGCUCCACUUGAAGAAAAGAAAUCGGAGGAAAGAGAAAAAGUUGCUACAGCAGUUCUUUCAAUAGCCGCUAGACAAAAACGGCGAGAAAUUGCAGAUAAGAAAGAUGACGAUAAAAUGGAAGUUGAUGAAGAAGUAAAAGACGUAUUAAAAGAAUGUAAAGAUGAAAAGUGUAAGAAAGAAACUGAUAAGAAAGAUGAGAAAACGACGACAGAAAAGAAAAAGGAUGAUAAAAAAACUGACGAAAAUAAAUCUCUAGACAAAAAGGAGGAUGAGAGAAAGGAUGAAAAAAAAAAGGAACCUGAGCCAGCAUUUGAAAUUUUGCAAAAUCCCGCACGAGUAAUGAGACAACAAUUAAAAGUUAUUAGUGUGCCGGAAGGUCAAAGUUAUGUUGCCUUGAAAGAUGUAACAAUAGGGGGUAUAAUAGUACUACAGCAUACUGGAAAAUCUGAACAAGAGUUGGUUGAACCAGUUUCUGCUUAUGGGCCCAAAAAUGAAGAUGUUAAAGAACCCGAAGCACCAGAGCCAUUUGAGUACAUUGAAGAAUAAGUCAUUAUUUAGUAUAUAAAUUUUUCCAUCUACAAUAGAUUUUAUAUACAUUUAUUUUUUGUUUAUAAUAAAUCGUGUCUAACAGCAAUAAUGUAAUUUAAAAGUA